AUGGCAACCAACGCUAACCCGAAGAAGUUGCGUCCAUGGGCGAUUGCUCUGAUGAGCAACAGUGGUGGCUCUCGACUGAAGGGUCGGCCGAGCAAGGCCUCGCUCGUCGCCGUUGACAAUACAAACGGCGAGAUAAACCAUGGGAGCCCAACAGCCUCGAUACUGUCACUUCCUCUGUUCGACGAACCGAAGAUUCUAGAUGACCUGCCCAACAAGAUUGACACGGGUGACUCGGUUCCUUCAAAAGACGAUCAGAUAACGACGCUAUUGGGACAAGCGACGAAAUUGGAGUCGACGCUGAGUGAUAUGAGAGUCGAAGCUAACGAGCAUAGAUCUGAUUUGCGUUCGUCUGAAGAGGCAAAAAGACGUGCGGAGAAGGACCUCGGCGAUUUGCAGACACGAUUGUCUGCGCUUAUCGCCGAAAGAGAGCAGCAUGUUUCUGUUAUAGCAGGUCUUCGUCGAGAGCUCGACGAGAGUAGAAAAAAAGAGGCGACUAAAUCCGCGGAACUGGAGAAAAUCGAAUCCAACAUUGUUGCGCUGCAAGCGGAGUUGGACGAGUGUAAUACGAAUACAAUCAAGCGAGGUUCUCGUGUCAAGAAGCUAGAGGCAUUAUUGGAGGAAGAACGUAGUCACCACAAGAAGGUCAAAUCUGAGGCAGCGAAGGCAGCGGAAGAUACUUACCAGGGUAGGUUUGACAUCCUGCAGGGAGAGCUGGACAGGCUAAUGACAGCGCUCGAGGAUAAAAAAAUCAAGCACGACGCAGAAAUUACUGAGCUGCAAAUUGCGCAUCAACGCAUACUAGACGAUGCAGUGCGGAAGGCCAAGGCCGAGUCAGAAUCAACUCUCCGUGAGCGUCUUCAAAAGCUCACUAAACGCCAAGACGAAGGAUUGAGAAUGCAGUCGACACAGAGGGGCGGGGAAGUAAACGACAAAGCUCAUAAGGCUCCCCGGGGAGCGGAUGCCGAACGUGCAAGGGAAGUACCCAAUCUGAGGGGCACUCGUCAGCAGGCGAACCACGCUACUCAGGGACCCUCAUCGCCAAGUGCAGUAUCUACGACGCAACAAAUGGAGCCUGUCAAAAACGCCUCGAGAUCCACGACUCAGCAAAAUGGGGGUUCUUCGCAUGCAACGCAGCAGCAAAGCGGUCCAGGACAUGGAAGACAAUCCGCUACCUCACCAGUGCCCAAUGUGACAUCGCAGGAUAGGCACACAGAACAAGAUACGGGGAGCGCCUCGCGACUAGCUUCAUCGUCCAAACGACAGACAGAGAACAUAGCGCAGCACCCGUCAACGCAGAAAUCGCCGGUGAUACCUGAAGUACAGAAGGCUGCCCCUGGAUCUCCCACGCCGCAGGGUAAGCUGAAGCCAGCAUCGAAUCCCAGUAAAGGGGAAGAACAAGUGCAGUCUGUAAGCAAGGGCUCCAGCCCGGCGCAACACGCAGGAACCACUGCGGGGAAAGGAGAAACGAAGAAGCAGGACGAAGGGAAGCGGCGGGGGGAGGCAAUAGCGUGGGCCAUUACAGGAAUAGCAUUUCUUGCAGCAUCGCCUGCAGGUGGAGUCCUGGCAGCUGCAGCGGGUGUUCUCAGUGUCGGAAACGCUAUCAGGCGGUGGCGGAGGAAGUAA